AGAAGGGCAGACGCUCUCCAGAUGUCUUCGGGGAAUGACCAUGUUUUUCUCCCAAUGUCACAAAGACACAUCAGUGGCCUCCCUGGGACGAUACCCAAUGACCUGAAGGCCGUCACUGAAGGAGCUGUGUUAAGUUUUCAUAACAUCUGCUAUCGAGUAAAAGUGAAGAGUGGCUUUCUACUUGGUCGGAAAACAGUUGAGAAAGAAAUACUGACGGAUGUCAAUGGGAUCAUGAGACCCGGCCUCAACGCCAUUCUGGGACCCACAGGUGGAGGCAAAUCCUCGUUGUUAGAUAUCUUAGCUGCAAGGAAAGAUCCCCAGGGAUUAUCUGGAGAUGUUUUGAUAAACGGAGCGCCUCGACCUGCUAAUUUCAAAUGUAACUCAGGUUAUGUGGUACAGGAUGAUGUUGUGAUGGGAACUCUGACAGUGAGAGAAAAUUUACAGUUCUCAGCAGCUCUUCGCCUUCCAUCAACUAUGACGAAUCGUGAAAAGAAUGAACGGAUAAACGUGGUCAUUCAAGAGUUAGGUCUGGCCAAAGUGGCAGAUUCCAAGGUUGGAACUCAGUUUACCCGUGGUGUGUCAGGAGGAGAAAGAAAAAGGACUAGUAUCGGAAUGGAGCUUAUUACCGAUCCAUCCAUCUUGUUCCUGGAUGAGCCCACGACCGGCUUAGACGCAAGCACAGCAAAUGCUGUCCUCUCACUCCUGAAGAGGAUGUCUAAACAAGGACGGACCAUCAUCUUUUCCAUUCAUCAGCCUCGUUAUUCCAUCUUCAAGUUGUUUGAUAGUCUCACCUUGUUGGCCUCAGGGAGACUAAUGUUCCAUGGGCCUGCUCAGGAAGCUUUGGAGUACUUUGCAUCAGCUGGUCACCACUGUGAGCCCUAUAAUAACCCUGCAGACUUCUUCCUCGAUGUCAUUAAUGGAGACUCCUCUGCUGUGUUGUUAAACAGAGAGGAAGAAGAUGGUGAAGCCAAGGAGACUGAAAAGCCUUCCAAGGGACAUAAGCCACUCAUAGAAAAAUUGGCUGAGUUUUAUGUCAACUCUGCCUUCUUCAGAGAAACGAAAGUUGAAUUAGAUAAACUCUCAGAGGUUCAGAAAAAGAAGAGUGUGGACAUCAAGGACUUCACCUAUACCACCUCCUUCUGUCAUCAACUCAGAUGGGUCUCCAAGCGUUCAUUCAAAAACUUGCUGGGUAAUCCUCAUGCCUCCAUAGCUCAGGUAAUUGUAACAAUCAUCCUGGGACUGGUUAUAGGUGCCCUUUUCUAUGAUCUGAAGAGUGACCCUACAGGAAUCCAGAAUAGAGCUGGGGUGCUCUUCUUCCUGACGACCAACCAGUGCUUCAGCAGUGUAUCAUCCGUGGAGCUCUUCGUGGUUGAGAAGAAGCUCUUUAUGCAUGAAUAUAUCAGUGGAUACUACAGAGUGUCAUCUUAUUUCUUUGGGAAACUGUUAUCUGAUUUACUACCCAUGAGGAUGUUACCAAGUAUUAUAUUUACUUGUAUAAUCUACUUCUUGUUGGGAUUGAAGCCAACGGUGGAGUCCUUCUUCAUCAUGAUGUUUACCCUCAUGAUGGUGGCUUAUUCGGCCAGUUCUAUGGCUCUGGCCAUAGCAGCAGGUCAGAGUGUGGUAUCAGUAGCAACACUCCUCAUGACCAUCUCCUUUGUGUUUAUGAUGAUUUUUUCAGGGCUGUUGGUCAAUCUCAGAACCGUUGUGUCUUGGCUCUCUUGGCUUCAGUACUUGAGCAUUCCUCGAUAUGGCUAUGCGGCUUUGCAGCAUAAUGAGUUUUUGGGUCAAAACUUCUGCCCGGGACUCAACAUAACAGCAAACAAUACCUGUAGCUUUGCAAUAUGUACUGGAGAAGAAUUCUUGGUAAACCAGGGCAUCGACCUCUCAUCUUGGGGCCUGUGGAAGAAUCACGUAGUCUUGGCAUGCAUGAUUGUUAUCUUCCUUACAAUUGCUUACCUGAAAUUGUUAUUUCUUAAAAAAUUUACAUGAAUUUCUAAUUUAUGUGAUUAAUCUAUUCACUAGAAAGGAGCAUCUUGAUUUAUGUAUUCAUGAAGUUUUUCUGUUGUCUUUUCAUUUGCCAUUAUAUUAUUGUUUAGCUCAAAGUAUAUCCAACAGAAAUCAAAGUGAAUUGAAUUGUACAUGAAAAAACCCAAGUUAUUACCUAGUGAUAUUAUGUACCACUUGUUAGUUCAAGUAGCCAGACAGUAACCUUGGGGGAGAAAUUUAAUUUAAUUAAUUGACCUAAAAAAAUUGAAUCCUAAACCUCGUGACAAGUCAAUAAUAUCUACUAGCACUUUCCUCAUCUCUAAACUGAAUAGGUGUGCUACUGCCCUCCAGUUUUAAUAUGAUAUGAAUCUAGAUCUGCCAUCACUUAAUAAAUAACAAAUGUAUUGAUUCUAUAGUGGAAG